GGUUAGAAGCAAUUACUUCCAAGGAGGGGAUAGGCACCAAGUACUUAAAGGACAGGCAUAUCUCCAUUCGUGUGUCAGACAAUUCACUUCUUUCACCUGUCAUCCAUCUCCGAGCUGUUCAAACAUCCGAUCAAGCAAUUACUUCUCCUGUCCAGUCCCACCAAACUCCCAGCAACAUCCCAGAAGGAUUUUUCUAUCUGCAUCCUCUCCCUCAUCAUGUCCACCACUACCGAAGACCAACCCUCCCAAACCUACUCCGGCCAUUGUCACUGUGGCGCCCACCGCUUCACCGUGACCGUCUCCCCCCCUCUCGGCGCCGGCCCCAAACCCGAAAACACCGGCGUCACCCACUGCAACUGCAGCAUCUGCCACCUCCAGGGCCUUCGAUUCAUCUACGUGGACCACGCCGCCGUGACGUUCACGAAGGGCGGCCCGGACGGGAUGACCCCGUACCAGUUCGCGAAGAAGAACAUCGCGCAUCGGUUCUGCCCGACCUGCGGCACGUUCGUGAUCUCGCAGAGCGUGGAUCCCGACAUGUAUCCGAAUAUUCGGGCCGUCAAUAUGAGGUGCUUGGCGGAGGUGAACGUGGAUGAUCUGCGGCAGGAUGUAGUGGAUGGGAAGAAAUUGGAGCCGCUAUAUAAGUUGGAUGACUGAACGGGAUGUGGAAGCAAGUAAGCGGUCAUUUGAGGCGAGGAUGAGGAGGAUGGGUGACAUAAAAUGAUCAUAACAACCGUUUUGUAAUCCGAGGACAGAAUUCAAAUGCAUUGGGAAAAGGCCUCCAAUAUUAUUCCCAGAC